AUGAAGUCUGUCUUUGUGUUGGUGGCCUUUCUGGCUGUGUCACGGGGUCUUCUCAGGAUUCCCCUGAUGAGAGGGAAGUCUGCCAGGCAGCUGCUGGAGGAGAGAGGCCUGUUUGAAGAGUACAGGAGGAGGUUUCCAUACGACCCUGCAGCAAAGUUUCUCCCCAGGAACGAGCAGAGUGCAGUGCCCAUGACCUUUGACCCAGAUAUAACAUACUAUGGAGAGAUUGGCGUUGGGUCUCCACUUCAGGUCUUUAAGGUUCUCUUUGACACUGGCUCCUCUGACCUGUGGGUUCCCUCCUUCAGUUGCACCAGCUCUUCUUGCGACGAUCACGCAAAGUUCUACAGCUCAGCAUCCUCCACUUUUCAGGCCGGCACAAAGCUUUACAUCGGCUAUGACAGUGGAUUUGUAGCAGGGAGUACUGGAUAUGAUAAUAUAAAGAUUUAUCUUGCAAUCCUUCAGAUAAGCAUGUUAAGUCUGGGAGGAAGAGAUUACUCUUAUACACUGGAAGCAUACACUGGAAGCAUACACUGGAUCCCCCUGUUUCGCACCACUAACUUUUGGAACGUCCUAAUACAAAGCAUCAACAUCAAUGGGAACACCGUUGCGUGCUCUGCAGGUUGUGAAGCAAUAGUGGACUCUGGUGCUUCUGAAAUCAAUGGUUGGUUGGGAGCCUCUUCAGAUCAGUAUGGUGAUGCUGUUGUGAGCUGCAGCAACACAAAUCUCCUGCCAGACAUUGUGUUCAACAUCAGUGGCUACAGCUUCGCUCUCUCUCUAUCAGCCUAUGUCAUGAAGUCUGCCUCUGGGUGCAGAACAGGGUUUGCACCUGGAACGUGGAUCCUGGGUGAGGUCUUCAUGCGGCAGUUCUACAUGGCCUUUGACGUCAGCAACAACAGGGUGGGCUUUGCUCAGGCUGUGUGAAUACAUGCGGAG